CGGAGCCUGUCCGCGACCGGGGAUUUCCAAUCCGUAUAAAUCCGUCUUGGCUUGUUUCUUGCUUCUUUCUUAUCUGUUGUCGUCUAUAUAAUUGCAUCUGAGCUCGUAAUUAAUAAUUGUCACCCUUUUUCGCCGAACAUUGCACUCCGUAAAGCUCGGGGGAUCAACUACCGAAAGCUUGGAUUAAGAUAGUCCUUUGGAGAUAUAUUGGACCCGCCCCCAAAGAAACUUUACUCCAACACCUUGAAAUCAUGGCUCUCACUGGUGAGGAAGUUGCGAAGCACAAUUCGAAGGAUUCAUUAUGGGUUAUUAUCCAUGGAAAGGCAUACGAUGUGACCGAAUUCGCACCUGAGCACCCUGGUGGAAUGGGCAUUAUCCUCAAGUAUGCGGGAAAAGAUGCCACCGAGACGUACGAGCCAAUCCACCCUCCGGACACCCUGGACAAAUACCUCGACAAGUCGAAGCACCUAGGCCCAGUGGACAUGGCUACCGUAGCAGAAGUAGCACAAGAGAUUGACCCCGAUGAGGUGGCAAGACAGGACAGGAUAGCACACAUGCCCAGCCUAGAGCAAUGCUACAACAUGAUGGACUUUGAGUCCGUUGCCAGCCGAGUCAUGAAGAAGACUGCCUGGGCAUACUACUCCAGUGGUGCAGAUGAUGAGAUUACAAUGCGCGAGAACCACUCCGCCUUCCACAAAAUCUGGUUCAGGCCCCGCAUCCUCGUCGACGUCGAGAAAGUCGAUUUCUCCACCACCAUGCUCGGCACCAAAGUCGACAUCCCCUUCUACGUGACCGCCACCGCGCUCGGCAAACUAGGCCACCCAGAGGGCGAAGUAAUCUUCACCAAAGCCGCCAAAAAGCACAACGUCAUCCAGAUGAUCCCCACCCUAGCCUCCUGCUCCUUCGACCAAAUCGUCGACGCCGCCGAGGGCGACCAAGUCCAAUGGCUCCAACUCUACGUCAACAAGGACCGUGCAAUCACCAAGAAGAUCAUCCAGCACGCCGAGGCCCGCGGCUGCAAGGGCCUCUUCAUCACCGUCGACGCCCCGCAACUCGGCCGCAGAGAGAAGGACAUGCGCAGCAAGUUCACCGAGCAGGGCUCCAACGUGCAGUCCUCCAGCGGCGCGGUGACGGAUAACUCGCAGGGUGCCGCCCGCGCCAUCUCGUCGUUCAUCGAUCCCUCCCUCAGCUGGAAGGAUAUCCCCUGGUUCCAGAGCGUGACCAAGAUGCCCAUCAUCCUCAAGGGCGUGCAGUGCGUCGAGGACGUGCUCCAAGCCGUCGAGGUUGGCGUCCAGGGUGUCGUCCUCUCGAACCAUGGGGGUCGCCAACUCGAUUUCGCGAGAUCGGGAAUCGAGGUCCUGGCGGAGGUUAUGCCGAUUCUGCGCGACCGCGGUCUCCAAGAUAAGAUUGAGAUUUACAUUGAUGGCGGCGUGCGUCGCGCGACGGAUAUCAUCAAGGCUAUGUGCAUGGGUGCUAAGGGCGUGGGAAUCGGGAGGCCGUUCUUGUUCGCUAUGUCGGCGUAUGGGUUGGCCGGCGUGGAUAAGGCGAUGCAGUUGCUGAAGGAUGAGAUGGAGAUGAAUAUGAGACUCAUUGGGUGCAGUAGCAUUGAUCAGCUCAACCCGUCGCUGAUUGAUUCGCGCGCGCUGAACUCGCAUGCUACGUCUGUGCCGUGGGAUACGCUGAGUGUGUCUUCAUACGACCCGUUGGUCAGCCCGCAGAACAGGGUUAAGUCGAAGCUUUAGUUAGGAUAGACAAGGUUUGACAAUGGGGGACUUUUUGCAUCAAUAGGAUUUUUGGUUGUAUAGAAAGGUUUUAAGGCGGACUUUAUAAUUCCACCCAUUUCACGUUGGAAAUGGUAUUUGUUUUGUAGGGGCUAUAUCUUUAUCUCUAAAGUAAAGCAGA